AUGCCACCUGAGGAAGCUGAACUAUAUCAAACACUCUGGGACAACAACAAAACUGUAGGUUGGGAAACCUUCAUCAAAAAAAGUCAUAUAAAAGGAGCUCUGCCGAUUCCCGCUAAUAUUUAUAAGGAAGAGUUUGUUGGAGCCAAAUAUCGACCUAAAACUGUUCAAAUUGUUCUACUUCCAAGUGUCCACGGCCUCAUUGUUGGAGACAAAUCAGUUCAGAGAUCGGGAAGCGUUCCUGGCGUGGGAUUGGUGCAUGCACCGCUUGCAUUGUUACCAGCGCCGUUUCCAGAAAAAGAGUGGAGAGAAGCCUCUGAGUUGGCUCCUAUUUUCAAUCACCUUGUUCAUCGGGUAAGCUCCGAUGCCACGUUUCUCCACGAAUCACUCUUCAGAACUAAGAAAGCGGAUGAAUUCACCUCUAGGAUUUUGGAUAUUCAUUCCAAGAUGCUACAAAUCAACAAAAAAGAGGAAAUACAAUUGGGGCUGCAUCGUUCAGAUUAUAUGCUUGAUGAAAAGACUAAAUCACUUUUGCAAGUAGAACUGAACACUAUUUCCUCUUCAUUCGCCAGUCUUAGUAAUCUUGUGACAGAACUUCAUAGAUACAUACUUUCUCGUCAUGGAAAAUUGCUUGGACUAGAUUCCAAAAGGAUUCUUGCAAACAGUGCUCUCGAUCAGUAUGCAGAAGCCUUGGCUAAAGCUUGGAGUGAGUAUAAUAACCCUAGGGCUGUGAUUAUGAUUGUGGUUCAGGCUGAGGAACGAAACAUGUAUGACCAGCAUUUAGUUUCUGCAGUUCUAAGUGAAAGGUAUAAUAUUACAACUAUACGGAAAACGUUGGCAGAAGUUGAUCAACAAGGGGAAAUUCUACCAGAUGGAACUUUUUCUGUGGAUGGAGAAGCAGUUUCAGUAAUUUAUUUCCGGGCUGGCUAUACACCAGCUGACUAUCCUUCCGAAUCAGAAUGGAGAGCCAGGCUACUGAUGGAACAAUCUUGUGCUGUCAAAUGUCCUUCAAUAUCUUAUCAUUUGGUUGGUUCCAAAAAGAUUCAACAGGAACUUGCAAAGCCCGGUGUUCUCGAGAGGUUCCUUGAAAACAAAGAAGACGUUGCCAAACUGCGUAAAUGCUUUGCUGGGUUGUGGAGUUUGGAUGACUUCGAUAUUGUUGGAAAAGCAAUUGAAAGUCCUGAAUUAUUUGUGAUGAAGCCCCAAAGAGAGGGAGGAGGAAACAAUAUUUAUGGUGAUGAUGUGAGGGAAACCCUCCUAAAAUUGCAGAAAGCAGAUUCUCAAGAAGACGCAGCUUAUAUUCUUAUGCAGAGGAUAUUCCCAACUAUUUCUAAAGCAGUUUUGAUGCGUGAUGGUCGUUGGCAUAAAGAACAUGCCAUUUCAGAACUUGGGAUAUUCAGCACAUAUUUAAGGAAUAAGGAUAAGGUUAUCAUCAACAAACAAAGUGGUCAUUUGAUGCGUACAAAAAUAUCAUCAUCUGAUGAAGGUGGGGUUGCAGCUGGUUUUGCAGUGUUAGAUAGUGUAUACCUAACUUGAGCUAACAGUCUAACACCUUAGGUUAUUAGUUAUUAUGGUAAUUCAAAACAUUACGUAAGUAAUGGUUUACAUAUUAAUGAUAUCUUCUUUUAAGUCUUUUGCUUUUAA